AUGGAUAUUGCAGCUAUUGCUCCCAAAGGGAACAUGCUGUCAGCCCCCUUCAGAGUUCAAGAAAUUGGGGUGUGUUACAGCAGAAUGAAUCCUGAUUUUCAGGAGGUUAACAGAAAAAUCAUGACAUCAAGUGUCCUAUGUCACCCAGUGACCACAUACAAAAUCCUGAGGAAGAAGAGGAAUUUGUUCAUCCAUUCAGUGGGCGAGGGUACAAUAAAUGUCUUGCUGGAUGAUCUAUUAGAGGAUGAAGUAAUUAGCCAGGAGGAGAUGUACAAAGUGAAAUAUGAAAAUUCCACAGUCAUGGAUAAGGCUCGAGUCUUGAUUGACCUCGUUAUUGGGAAAGGACCCCGAGCUUCCCAAAAAUUUAUCAAGCAUCUCUGUGAAGAAGAUCCUGAACUUGCAAGCAAGUUGUGUUUGCACUUAGAAUGAAGAUGAGCUCUCUAGUGGAAUACCGACAAGUCCCAACGGUGCUUCACAAAGAGAAAAAAAACUAAAACAAUAAAUUGUUUCCAUGAAAAA